CUGCCGUCCGGGUGCUCAGUCGUCUCUCUCGCUGCGUUGCCUUCCUUUCUGAAUACAGUCUACAGUCGUGAGUUACUACAGACAGAGAGCAGACUGGCCUGAUAGACUGGCGUGUUUCCGAUACAACACUGCAUCAUUGUUUCAGAGCGGAGUGAAGGCACACUAGCACAGGUUAACUAUUAAUCUGCACAGAUAGAGGCAGUAAUGUUGGUGAAAUUUGCUAUAGCGCUGCUGGUUAUGACAGUUUUGGAGCAAGUAAUUGGAUUAGAUCAUAUUGAUGUUCAUGACAACCCGUCAGAGAAACCCGCGAGCCAGAAAGGACGCAUGUCUUUGCAGAACACAGCUGAAAUCCAACACUGUCUGGUGAGUGCAGGGGACGUGGGCUGCGGUGUGUUUGAGUGUUUUGAGAAUAACUCCUGUGAAAUACGUGGCCUGCAGGAGAUCUGUCUGACUUUCCUGCACAACGCUGGCAAGUUCGACUCCCAGGGUAAGUCGUUCAUCAAGGACGCUCUAAAGUGCAUGGCCCACGGUCUGAGACACAAGUUUAGCUGCAUCAGCAGGAAGUGCUUGGCUAUUAAAGACAUGGUGUUUCAGCUACAGAGAGAAUGCUACCUCAGACACAACUUGUGUUCGGCAGCCAAAGAGAAUGUGGCCGUCAUGGUGGAGAUGAUCCACUUCCAGGACCUCUUCCCUAAAGGGCCGUAUGUGGAGCUGGUGAACAUCCUGCUGAGCUGUGGAGAGGAGGUGAAGGAGGCCUUGACCAGGAGUGUCCGGCUGCAGUGUGAGCAGAACUGGGGGGCUCUCUGUGACAGCCUGAGCCUCUGCUCUUCCAUUGCACCCCCUCCAGGACAGGCCCCCGCCCCCCCCGACCACCGUCGCCCUUCAGUCCCUCACUCGGAGCCUGACCACCCCCGUCCCUCCCGACAGGGUGACAGGGACAAGAUCAUUAAAGGGGGCUUCAAUGCCCACCCCCGUGGCCGUAGCCAGGGCCCCCGCCGACAGAGUGUUGAUCCUGGGGUGGUGGCGGAGCAGGAGGACCCCGAGGCCACUGGCAUUCGGAGGUGAAAGAGACAUCGGACCCUUAAUGCCCCGAUCCCCCACCCUGACCCAGUCACCAUCGCAGCCCCAGCUGAUAUACUAUACAUGAUUAUAGUAUACGGUGUGUGGUAUUCCUCACCGCACCCCGACACCCACCACCCAGCCAUCUGUAGAUAUGUAACAUACAGCGUUUGUUUGUUUCAAAGUGGGAAAUGUGUUGUUUGUAUUAUAAUUCUAGAUACUUUAUGAUUAAAUACAAAACUGUGUACUCGUUUUGAAGUCCAGUUCUGGCACAUAUGAAUUGUAGUGCAUGACGUUGGGUUACCAUGACAAAGUAAACAAACUGGCCGUUCUCUAAUGGCCAGCUUCCGUCGUUAGGAUUCCUACUAAGGACACAGGGUCGGUCUGUAGCAGCACAUUCAUAGGGCCCUAUGGGCUAUGAUCAAAGGUAGUACACUAUAUAGGGAAUAGGGGUUCAGUUUGGGACACAGUUCUCUCAUAAACCUGUAAUCUCAGCUGAUUGUAGCUACAGCCCCGAUGCGUCCAGGUGCCCGAGCUCUUCUUUUCUGCAGGGACUCCGUUCUGUGAGACGGUUACCUGUAGUGCACUCACCCGGGGUGACGAUGUCAUAAAGUAAGUAGCACUGGGAAGAUUCAAGUAGAUUCACGUAUGAUUCCCAAUUGAUUCGGCAGCCUUUUUUACUUUUAUUCAAAGCUACAAGCGUUCCUUCGAUUGGAGAAACAGACUCACUCUGGCAUACACAGACAGCACCGCAGCCACACUGCGCUCAGACGGCACCCGAGGUCUGACGAUAUCCCAGUGACAGAGUGCUGUACGGCUGAAGUCUUCAUUGAGCAACGGCCUAGGCAUUAACCCAGGGAGCUAACAGUCUUGAGGUUUCAGUGGUCAAAAUGUCACACACAAAUAAGUCAACAGAAGUCAGUCAACAGUGUGCUUUCUCUUGUUUAACUUCCAGACGAGAGGUGGAGACGAGGAGGAGGAAUGAACGUGUUCACUUCUCUCUCCCUCCCCCUGGCCAUGGCAGUCCACUCAAAUGGCACCCUAUUCACUAUGUAGUGCACUACUUGCUUCAACGAGGGGCAUCUAGUGCACUACGUACUGCAGGGUGCCGCUGGGAUGCGUCACCAGCAAUCCCAGCAAGGACCCAGGAUCUGGGUUAGGUCCACACGCGGGGGCUCUGGCUGCAUGCCGCUCUUAUUCCGAAUGUUAUAUUUACUAAGGCCACCAGAGAAUUCCUCUGGACCACAGCCAAGGACGGCCAGCCGCACGGGGAGGUAGGGGGAGGAGAGAAGGAGGAGAAGGAGCAGAGGGAGGGAGAGAAAUUUGCUCUGCAGUUCUUGAGGAGGCACGGUUUCUUUCUCCUCUUCAUCGAUUCCCUCUCUCUCCUCUUCUGUCAGUAGUGAGGUGUCUGUAGAUCCGUCAUGCAGGCUUUCUCAGACCCCUCUGAGCCUGUACAUGCCCAUUCAGAUGAUGUGGCAAUGCAUUGAAGUUAAUUGACUUAACACAGGGCACCAGGUAUGUUAGUUCGUUAGGGAUUUAAACAAUCUAACUGACAAUCUGUUCCAUACUCUGUCGCUGUCCUCUCUAUUUUGUGUUCAGGGAGAAAUAGACUGACCCCCCCACCCCAGAAUGUGGUCUGGUAUUGUUGUUAUAAUUAACCUGUCUGACAUUGUGUAUACAGUACUAUAAUGAAACUACGGAUUCUUGAAAUCAACAUAAAUGUAUCUUCAUAUAAUUAAAAGUUACUUUUUGUGGAUAUUU